AUGCCGAGCAGCAGCAAAUCCCCUCUUGCGGCUGCAGCUCACACCUCAGGGUUUGAUGCUGCUGUAGCUGCUCUUGCUGCCGCUCCUGAGACACAAAAGCAUCCUCAACGGGUCCCGUUCGCCACGUCGACUGCCGGGGAGGCAGCAACAGCAGCAACAGGAGCACCCGCAGCAGCUGCACCAUCAGCAACACUAGCGACAGCAACAAGCGAUCACUUGGCCUUAUAUAUUGAGAAGAAACUGCAACUGUGCAGCGCUGCAGAUAUAUGUCUGGUCAAAGGCACAACGUCGGCGCUUGUAUCUGGGUCUCUGGAGCCUCAUGUUGUGCAGCAGUUGUGCAGAUCUCUGCCCCAUGACCUCCUCAAGGAUUUCCCGCCAUCUUUGCUGUUGCUGCUGCACGAGCAGCAACUGCAGCAGCAGCCGCAACGGCAGCAGCAGCAAGAUGAUGGGGAGCAUACCUCCCUGUUGCUGGGGCUCGCUGAAGCGCUAGAGAAGCGCUGCAGCGGCUGGAAGGGCCUACCUGCCUUCCCACCCCACGCAGCAGCAGCAAGAGAGACAGCACCAGGAGCAGCAGCAGCAACAGGAGUUGCAGCAGCAGCUCCUGAGUUCGCCGUUGCGGUUCUGGAGGCGCAAACGAAGAUUCUGCAUAAACUGCGAGAGGCCUUGCUGGAGCCUCUCACGGAUUCGUUGGACCUCUCAGACUUCGCCGAUGCAGCAACUGGCCAGUUAGCGAGGCACGCUGUUGAGCUGCUGCGGCACAGUUGCAGCAGCAGCAGCCAGAAGCCGCAGCAACAGGUGCAGCUGCAGCAGCAGCUGCGCAAUGCCUACCGCAGCUGCCGGUGCCUCAUUCCUACUUCCUCGCCUCGUACCUUCCUCUCACCCAUUCUUUCUGCUGCGCUGCAGCAGCACGUGCUGCUACUGCACCCCCAAGUGAUGCCCCUUUUGUCGGGACUCAUAGCUGCUGCAGCAGACGUUACAGCCUUACUGCACUUCAGCAGCAACAGCAGCAACAGCAGUUCUGCUGCUUGGUGCCCUCUGUCUGAUGAGCAGCUGGUGCAUGCUGGGCACGAACUGCUGGCAGCAGCAACUCAUCUGUUUCCUGUUGAGUACUUCCAGCAGCAGCAGCAGCACAAACAGCAACUGGUGCUGCAGGAGGAUACGCUGAGGACUUUGCUGCUCGAUGCCCCCAAAGACGGUGCAUUUCCCCCCAUCAACGCUAUCAACCCACGACUCAUAUCCCGCCCCCUCACAGACCGCCAAGACGCUUGGGUGGAUGUGCUGCAGCAGCUGCUGCUGUUGUUGCCGCCAGGGCGACCUCGCCUAGAUUGGGUUGUUGCUGCUGGUCUCGACGUGCUGCUGGUACAGCUGCUGCUGCGCUCCUCCCUUCCCCUUGUUCGCCCCCUCCUACUGCCCCUGUUGCUUGACUCCUGCGGCGCUGACCUGCAGCUAGACAAGCAGCAGCAGCAGCGACAGCAGCAAGAACGGCAGCAACAGCGAUUGCACAGCCAGCAGUCGCUGCUUACUCUCCAGGAGGGGCAUCAAAUGCCAGAGAAACUCUGUUUUGCUGCUGCUGCUGCUAGGGCACUUAGAGAUGGCCUCUACAUGGCCGCUGCCGUCUCCUGCAUAGACGGUCUUGCUACUGCUGCUGCUCUUCCUGCUGCAUUUGCUGCUAGGCCAUACGCCAGCGUGCAGCAGCACUCCACAGCGCUUUUUUUUCAGGCGAGCAGCAACAGCAGCCACAAGAAAGGCAGCAGCAGAAGCAGCAGAAUGUGCGUCUUCAAGCAAUUCGAAAAUGCUUUAGGAGGCCACAGCACACAUGCCAGCAGCCCAGGCCACGUCGUUGCAGCCGUGCUGCAGGUACUGCUGCUGGAGAGGCUGCAAGGCGACGCAGCGACACAUGAACGCAGCAAUAGCAGCAAUGGUUGUUGCAGGCAGUUGCAAGCUGUCGUGCUAGAGCUUAUUGACCACACCACCGCAGAAGCAGCAGCAGCAGCAGCAGCGGGAGCAGCAGGGGAUGCGCCGAGUCCUGGUAGCUGUGGCUGUAAAGUGUCUACUCACCUCUUUGGAGCUUUGCUACUGCUUUCGUGCCCGCAGCAGUGGGCAUGCGACAGACUCUGCUUCCUUGCAUGCAGCAGCAUUGCCAGUGGACCCUCGCUGCUGCUGCAGCCGGACUGUCUCCUGGAGGCGGUGUCUCUCAUCGGAGAUGCGCCGCGUCGAUUCGUUUGCAGCGCUGCCACACAUCUGCUGCUGCUUCUGCAGCAGCAGCAGCAGCAAGAGCAACAGCAGCAGCAGGUGCUGUGCGCCUGCGCCUGCCUGAUUGACAUGUAUGACCCCUGCCUCCUGGAGGAGUGCAACAGGGCACUGCAGCAGGGGGGGCGCAGUGGCCGUUUGCUGCUGCAGCAGGGGCACAUCUACCGUCUCUUGUUGUUGCAGCGGCUGUUUUCUGUGUCCGCGCAACAGCGGCAGAGCGCAGCAACAGCUCUGAAGUGUCUGCUACAGCUCCCGGGUUCUUUGGAAACGGAUCCUGUCGGCGCCGCGUUGAGGCUGUGGUCAGAGCAGAAGCAGCAGCAGCAGCAGCAGCAGGUUUGCGGGCAGCUACUGGAAGAAGCAGAAGUGCAGCUUCUUUGUGCUGCUGCUGCAAACGGGCGCCUCUGUGCCUCAACCCGCACGGAGUCUCUGAACACGCUUGAGGUGUAUGUACACUCCAGCCCUACGGGCGCGAGGCCUUUCCUCCGCAAGCUCUGUUGCUCGCUUCUAGCUGCACUACCUGGGCACUUGUUAAAAGGAGGCGCAGCUGCUGCAGCUGCCGCUGCAGCAGCAGCGGCUGCUGCGGCGACGGCGGGCGUGGGUGCUGCAGGAGACGAAGACGAGCCGUUGCUCCUCUCUCUUCUUGAGCUGCUACGCCUUGCAGUGCAGAUGCAGAAGCAACAGCAGGAUCUGCUACAACAGCAGCUAUCACAUCAGCAGCAGCAGCAAGAGCAACAGGCAUUGCUGACCGCAGCAGCUCGCGUGUUGUCGCUUCCGUUGCUGCUUUUGCCUCCCGGAGAUCCGCUGCUCUAUCCCGUAAUUGAGGUGUACAGACACCUGCUUGGGGAUACAUUGGCUCUGCUGUGCUUCUCCAGGCAGGCGGCUUUGUCUGUUGCCUGUCUGCAGUUGUGUGCAGUGCUGCUGUUUCAUCCGCAGCAGUCUUUGCUGCUGCCACACCGACUGUGUCCGCUGGGCCCGCAGCUGGAAACGCUGCUGCGGGAGCCACAGCCUCAGCAGCAAACGCAGCAGCAGCAGCAGCAGCCGCUGCGGCUGCUGCUUCCCACUUGGCUGUCUCUGCGCGUCGAGCUGCCCAUGGAAACGGCGACAUUCAGCUGCUCCACUGCAGCACAGGCUGCAUGGGCUAACCGCAGCGAAGAUUUGGCUUUCCUCGUGGCUAGCCAGCUGGUUAGCGACCCUCCCGCUCUUAAAGCAGCAGCAGCAGCAGCAACGGCGACUGCUGCUUUUGCCGCUGCUGGAGGCAGUGCAGCGCCACAGCUGCAGCAAGAUGACCCACGUAUAGAGGACAGCGGCAUGCGGAGCGGCCCCCCUUCCAAGCCCUCUUCUGCCACCACCGCGGCUCCCGCAGCAGCAGCAACAACCGCAGCAGCAACGACAGCAGCUGAUGCAGCACCAGCCGAGUGCAGCGUCUGUCUCUGCCGUUCGCAGUCUGUGUACUUGGGGGUCACGUUGUCAGAGCCUUCUCCUGAAGGCACAGAUAGUAAAACUGAAUUCGCUAUCUCCCGGCUGAGCCUGUCUCGCCAGACAGCGCAGCAGCUGCUGCUGCCUGUGAACCCCACGCUGAAGAAACUCUUAGGCGUACUGUCACACCCCCCGAUGCUGCAGGGGGCCCUACCACCGCUGCGCCUGCAGCAGCAGCAGCAGCAGCAGCAGUGGCUAGGUGAUAGCUACUGUACACUUCCAGUUGCUGUUGCUGCUUCGAGUCCUGCUGUUGCUGCUGCAGGUAGCAGCAGCAGCAACCGGCCGUCUGAUGUUGUUACCUACGCGGAGGCGCUGCAGUCUUGCAGGAAGAUAACGGCAGCGCUGCAGCUGCCAGGGGAUUCUGCUGCUGCCGCUGUCUGCUGCCUCCGCCGGAACGGGCUGGCAGCAGCAGCAGCAAUGGCACGCUGGUGCUGCUGCUGCUCUCUGUCAGCUGCUGCUGCCAAGGGCCUACGGGCCGUUGCUGUUGCAGUGAAGCGCUACACCUACCCCUACCUGCAGCAGCUGGCACAGCAGGUGGCAGAGACAAUGCUGGGGGCGGAGGAGCAAGCAGCAGCAGCUUCAGCAGCAGGAUGGGAGGAAACGCUACAGCAGCAGCCCGCUUCUGGUGGUGCUGCUGCAGCUUGCAGUGGCGAGAUCGACCUUUUGCUGCUGGGCACGCAACUGCUGACGGAAUUGCUUCCCCUAGCGGCAGUUGCUGCAGCCCCUGCAGGCGCGGCAUACAGCUGCAGCAGCAGCAGCAACAACACAAACAACAUCAGCAGCGAAUGCGAGUGCUGCAGCAGGUGGAUGGCCCUCCCGAACCUUUCUCAGUUUUGUGGGAGUCUUCUUGGGGUUUCUGCGCAGCUGCCGCUGCUACGACGGGCGGCGCUGCAGCUUGCUGCUGUUGCUCUGCCGCAUUCUCUUCCCCCACGCCCGUGCAGCAGCAGCAGCAGUAAGAUUCGCCUGCCUCGAGCGCAGACAGACGAGCUGUGGCCUUUUGAUUCAGCGGUAUUCGCGGGAGGCCUAAACACAAACGAGCACAGCAGCAGCAGCAGCAGCGUGCUGCUGCAACUGCAGUUGCAGCAGCUGCUGCAGCUACAUUCGCGUUUAACAGGGCAAGACGAAGCAUCCAUGCAGGAGCAGCAGCCCGUAGCGGAUGCCCUGGAGGCUCUGAGGAUAUGCGUCGCCCACAACUCAUUUGCUGUUGCUGCUGCUGCAGCUGCACAUGCGGCAGCAGAGUGGCAGGAAUCAGCAGCAACGGGAACAGCAGGCCUGGCACAAAGCCACUACCAGCAGUACCAGCUGCAGAAACAGCAGCAAGCGCUGCUCGAGGCUCAGGUGAAGCUGUUAUUUUCCUUUAUGGGCAAGGCUCACCCGGCGAUCCGCGUGGCCGCUUGGCGCUGUUUGCGGAGCUGCCUUCAUGUGGCCUCAGGCUUUUUGCAACAGUUGCAACAGCAGCAGCAGCCGCAGCAACAUCUGCCAGAGCAACAGCUGCAGCAGCAGCAGCAGCAGGACUUGCUUCUGCAUAUGUAUUCUUGGACUUGUUCUGAAAUCUGUCAGCGUCUAUUGGGACGGAAGGGUCUGCUGCCAGGUGGAUUUUGUUGCUGCUGCUCGUCGAGCUGCAGGGAGGUGGCGGAAGCACUCCAGUGUCUAUCCACGCUGCGGUGGAGCAGCAGACGCACCAGCAGCAGCAGCACCAGCGGUGGCAGCGGUAUCUCUCCAGUAGGAAUGAAAGAGGAUUACGCGACGUCUGCUGCUGCUGCUGCUGCUGCUUUGGACGAGUGGGUCGCAAGUGAUUCAUUCGUACACCGCACCUUUGCUGCCUUUCUCACUGUCUGCAGCAACAGCAGCAGCAGCAGCAGCUGCUGCAACACCAGCGAGUUAGGCGCUAUGUCUCAUGAGUCCGCAUUAAACGGCCUCACUGCAGCUCUUGAACUCCUGUGCUGCUCUGCGCAAGCCCAUGCCGGGCCCUUGUUGCAGUUACUACAACAGCCACACAAGGAAAAACAACAGCAGCAGCAGGGCGACCAGACGGGUACAUCUGCUGCUGCGCACACAUGGAGCAGCAGCAGCAGCAGAGACUCCAGCAGCGAUAGCAGCAUUCUGAGUAAUAUUGUUGCUGCAGUGUGCCCGCGGCCGCACCCCGUGCUGCUGGUGCCUUUCCAUCGAGCGACAGGGGGGGCAGCAUUCUCUGCUGCUGCUGCUGCUGCUGUUGCGGCGGUGGGAACUCAAGAAGCAGCCGCUGCGUUUGCUGCUGCAGCAGAUGCAGCCGCCGCCGUUGGAGCCUCCGUGGGCGUCCAGGAGAUAACCAAGUGCUGCAGAGCGUUGCACCUGCUGCUGAACCUUCUAGAUGGGACAGACAUGCUCGGGCCGUGCCUUGGCACCAACAACAGCGCUGCUGCUGCUGCUGCACCUCCGGCAACAGGAGCGAGAGCUGACAGCGAGUCGUUUGCCUUGCUGCGACAUGUAGAGGCAUUGGUGCAGGCGACGUCGGUUCUGUUGCUGCGGCAUUCCCACAGCAGCAACGGUAGCUGCAGCUGCUGCAGCGGGGAGGAGCUUGACAGCUGGCGGAACAGGCGCAUCGCAGCAGCAGCAGCAGCAACAGAUGGGCGCCGUCCUAAGGCCACCGCUGACAUUGUCCAUGAGCUGCUGUUGCUCCUGCUGCGGCUAUUUGUUGCGCUGCACCGACAGACGGCGCUGCAAGUAGCCAAGCAGCUUCCAGGAGAGACAUCGGUGCUGCUGCUGUUGCUGCAGCAGAGGGAGGAGUUACAGCGGCAGCGGCAGCAGCAGCAGCAACUGGAUGACGAUUUGCUGCAGACGCUUCAGGGUAACCAGCAGAUGGGACCUGCAGCAGCAGCCGCAGCUGCUGUUGCUGCUGCAGAGAGGGCUGCUGCUGAGUACUUGUGGGCGUCUCCUUCCUUGUGGCUGUUUAUUGUUUUGUGUCUCCAGGUGAGUCUGCGCGAUGUGCGUACACCUGAACCGGCACGCCCGUCAAUGGACAACUUUAUUUUCUCUUUUCCACCCCCUUCUGACGCAUAUAUUGUUAUUCUUGCUGCUCCUGCUGCUGCUACUGUUGCUGCUGCUGCUGCGUGUGGUGCGUCUCAGCCUGUGGGUGCCGGUGCUUCAAGUUCAUCCGGAGUGUCUCGGGAGGCAGCAGCACUGGCAGUCUGUUUGCUGCGGCUGUCUUAUGACUCCUCUGCAAAUUAUUUCAGACCCACAAAAGCCCAACUAGACGUGGAGGGGGGGCAGGAAACCCCACUGCCCUUAUCGGGGGCCCCCUCCUUUCUGCUGCCUCCGCUGGUGCCGCCCCUCCCACACGGACAUCUGCAGUUGUAUGCCACGAAAGAUACACAGCAGAAGCAACAGCAGCAGCCCAUACUGCUACCCGCUGAUCCGCGGAUGGCGGUAGGCCUGUUCUCAGCUGUUGCUAACCUCCUGCUGCAGCAGUUGCGCUGCCGCAGUCUUGCUGCUGCAUGCGCCGUCUCCCUACACCAGCGGCCUCCUCAGAGUUCGAGGCGCCACAGCGCAGCAGCAACAGCAGCAGCAGCAACAGCUGCUGCCGCUGCUAGCCCUACAGGCAGCAAAGGAAGAUGCCGCAGCAAAGCCUAUGGCCUCUUCUCACCAUCCCAGCAACCUCGACAGCAGGAGCUGCACCAGCAACGACGCCCAUCAAGCAGUUGUUGCAGCAGUCCGAUGAAUGCUUCUCAGCUGUCUGUACACUCCAUGUCUGCAGCAGCCGCAGGGGAGGGCAACCCCGUUUGGCAGCAGCAGCAGCAGAACCUUGUUGAUUUUCCAUUAGACAACGACUUGUCACAGCAGCAGCAACAGCAACAGCAGCAUCAGUUGCUGCUUCUGCAGCAGAAUCGGCAGGAGUACCGUAACAGCUGCUUGCUGCAUGCACUCGGCGAGCUGCUGCUGCUGCUGUUUGCGGGGCAUCCCACCGCAGCAACGGCUGCAGCAUGGACCCGCUUUAUUUCCUCAACGGACACCAGCAGUAGCAGCGGCAGCAGGAAGCAGCAGGAUCCGGUGCUUCUCCCAGCUCAUUUGGUAGCAGCAUUGGAGUGUCUUCUCCAUGGUGCUGCAGCUGCGUCUCUGCUGAACUUUGCUGCUACGUUGGGUGCCCAGAGGCUCCAGCAGAAGCCCCCGUCUUUACGACUGCAGCAGCAGCCGCAGCAGCCGCAUCACCGGGACGAUGGUGUUGGGGACUUGGGAUCGCUUCUCAGUGUCAGUAACUGUGGACGCAGCUGCGGCAAUCUGCUGCUGCAUCGCGUGCUGCUGCUUCUACAGCUGCUUUCAGCAGCGUCAACCUGCACACCGGAUGGGUUUGCUGCUGCGGCUGCUGCUGCCGCUCCGCUACCUUUCGGCGCAGUGGUUGCUGCAGUCAGUGCCUUAUGGCGUCUUUGCUCCCUGCAACAGACUCUCCUCAGCCUGCUGCUGCAGUUUUUGCAGCGAUGCAUUUCUGCGCGGCAGCUAAUUUCAUUGCUGGGGGCGCCAAACAGCAGAAGUGCAUCAGGGACGUCCGGCCUGGAGCUGCUGCAGACGGGUGAGGCCCUCUUAAGCCUUCGUCUGCAGGAAGCUGGAGUUGUUGCUGCUUUGGUGGAUUCUGUGUGCAACUCGCUCAGCAGCAGCACCAGCAGCGGUAGCAGCACUAGCAGGGCGCGGCAGCAGAAAUUGCCGCCGCGCCUUCUUUGCAGCGUCCUGCUGCUGCUGCAGCACACCGUAGGCCCAGGUGUAGGGGGACCGCUCCUGGCGCAGCUCAUAGAAGCCCUUGCUUCGUCCCUGCGGCCCCGGCUGCAGCAUCUGCUGCAGCGGAACAACAACAACAGGACAGCAGCAGCUGCUGCGGCUAGUUCUACGCGCAUGCGGUGGAGCCUUAGCCCGGUCGAUCUGCUGCUACUGUCUGCACAGCUCGAAUGUCUAGGCGCCGCAGCAGCAGCAGCAACAGCAGCAGCAGCAGACAGGAGAUGCCUCGCCCCCCUAUUUUCAAACGGAGCAGCAGGUUCCUCACACGCAAAGGCGCGGACGUUUGGAGGGAGUGAUAAGGAGUCGCUGGAGGACUUUGUGGCGCCGCUUAUGCUCCCUGAGCUGCCUCUGCAGUUGGUAGCAGCUCUUUUGCACUUUUUCGUCUCUCUAACAGCAGCAGGAGCAGAAGCAACAGCAGAAGGAGCAGCAGGAGAGCGGCUUGAUGUACGCCUCGCAGAGCCGCAGGCAUUUGACGACAGUUCGUCUGUCUCUGCCUCUCCUCGCAGAUCAAAGGAACAGGCCGUACCUCGAGCAGCUGCACGCGCGGUUUUACUGCUGCAGCACUCAGCUGCCUUCCAUGACGCUUUGUUUUUCCUUUUCAUGGUCCGCCUCUCCCCGCAGGCUGUUCUCUCUCAGCCGACCCAGAAUUCAGGCAGAGACGCGCAGCAGCAGCAGCACCAACAGCAACAGCAACACUGGGGGCGAGCGCUGCGCGACGCGCUGCUGCUGCUUUCACAUGUCUUCCUUUCCGACUUUCGCCCAGCCAAUAAACUCAAACAGCACGCAGGGCCCCUCCUUGCUGCUCUCCAGGACUGGGUGGGGGUUCUGCAGCAUGAGCUACAGUUGCAGCAGCAGCACCAGCUGCAACCAGAGCAACCGCAGCAGCAGGAACAGCAACUGAUGCCCCUGUCGCUGCUGCAUGAAGUACGGCAUCUCCUCUUAAGCAAUAUCCGGGCCCUCAGUGCCCUGGGAGCACCCGGUUGCCCCUAA